AUGGAGCCCAAAGGAAAUCACAGGAACCUAGAGGGCAAGAUGCAAGCAUCAACUUUCAAAGACAAGAAACAGGGGGCUCCGGCCAGCAAAGAAGCUGCAGACGACCCGGAGUAUGAGAACAUCACCUUGACCUUCAAACACUGGGACCAGUCCAAGGGCCGUGAUAAGCUCCCCAAGAAUUCAGGUCCGGCCCAGAAGGGACAGCCCUCAGCCCCAGCGCCGGUCCCUGUCUGGCUCUACCGGGCUGUUCUGAGCCUGUACAUCCUCCUGGCCCUGAUGUUUCUCUUCUGCAUCAUCCUAUCCGCCUUCAUCCUGGUCAAGAACUCUGAGAUGUCCCGAGAGCUGCUGGAGUUGAAGAUGGAGCUGAGUAACAUCUCCAACACGUUGCGAGUUUGUCAGGAAGAGUGGAAGGCAGACCAGGCCCGGCUCCUGGACGCCAUCCAGGAGACCCAGGAGUCCAUCGGUGUGGAGUACAAAGUGGUCAACGGCUACAGCAGCAAACUGGACGGGAUUGUCAAAGACACAGGCUACAUCAAGUCUAAAGUCAAUACAAUCUCCCAGAACGUGGAGAAGCUCAAACUACCGCCUCCCAGCGCCCCCUCUAAGUAAACGAAGACCACCAAGUCCUGUGUGCUGGCCUGGAGACGACCAAUUGUCCGGUGAAGAUCCGUGAUCUGCAAUCUGAACUCUUGAUUUUUCUGCCCGCAUGUAAUGAAAUGCAAUGCGAGGGUCUGAGUGCCCUAGAGAGGUGUGUGUGUGUGUGUGUGUGUGUGUGUGUGUGUGUGCACUCUCGCGCGCGCGUAUGUGUAUCGCCUGCAGAG